UACAACGCUAGUGACAACAACGUGUGCUGAACAGAGUUUGUGUAGAAAGAAGCAGCUGAGUUUGCAGUAGUUAGUGCACAUGAGUGAAUGAACAGAACAGAACAGUGCAGUGCGCUCCAAGUGGUGUUGUUUGUUUUUUUGUUCGUUUGUUUGUUUGUUGGAGAAGUGCAGAGCCAGCAGCAACUGUGAAGUGAAAACGCAAAACGUCAACUACGUUCAGCUGUGUUUUUCAAUACAACAACAAAGAUUGUUAAGGCAGUGCUGAAAAAGUGAUUGUGCUCAGUAAGCGCAGCUAUGAGAAUUUUCUGCUAUAUGAAAGUGAAAUAAUUUUGAAAAUAUAUAAAGAGUAAUAAAUUUUGGAUCCAACUAGUUGAAUCGGUUAUUAAAAACGGUUUUUGGCAACGAACGGCAUUGUUUCUUUGUUAUUAUUUAUUAUGAACAAGUUACAAAUACAACAUUGCGUGUUUUCAUUAACAACAACUAACGGAUAAGCACAAAACGUGUAUCCACACAACAAUAACAAACAAAAAAUGUCUAAUAAAAAAGCAAUCACUGUUUUUUGAGGUUGAAAGGUCUCGUUGUGAAGGUCUUUGUGUAAGCAACCGUCGACGGAUCGAUCGAAAGCGAUUGAGUUAAUUUAGCAGCUGUGGAGAAGGUGUUGAAGUGCAGCAAUAAUAAUCAUCUAUUAUUCGCUGUAAUCAACGCGCGAAAAGGAGUCUUAGAAGAGUGAGAAGUGCAGUGAAAAGAAGGACAAGCGAAAAGAGGAGAAGUUAAGCAGCGAUUAACAAAACUUUGAAAUCCAAAGAGCCAAAAUGAUACCAACUACAGUCAGCAGUUCACCAUCUACCGCUACCAUUAGCGGCGGUACCACCGGCAACAAUCACACUACAAGCAACAAUGGACAGCUGAACACCACCUUGUCAUCAUCAACGCCAACUUCUAGUUCUCCGUCGAUCUCUGCCAUUUCACCAUCUUCAGCCCAAAUGCCAACGACUGUAUUAGGACUAGCCUCUUUGAUAUUGGAGGGACGCGCUGUAGCUGACGAUGAAUUUCAACCACAGAUGAUACGCCACACUGCGACAGCCAGUGAUGCGAGCAAUCUUAGUGGAAUCGGCGGGAUUGUGGGAGGCGGAGCGGGAGGUGCGAGUAGUGGUAUCGGCAAUAAUGUAUAUAAUUUCAGCGCCAGCAAUUUGCUUGCCAGCACCUCAUAUGGUAUUAGCGGGAAUGGCAGUGGGAUUGCUGUUGGCGGUGGACGUCAAUCACCCACAUGUCGACCGUCCACAUCUCGUGCAGCGGCCAGCUUUGGUGGUGGUGGUAGUUUUGGUGGUGGUGUUAGUGGUGUUACUGUUGGUGGACAUGUGAUAAAUAUAACAACGAAUCCGUAUGCCUUUAACAAUAGUGGAACGUUGAGUGGGGCACAUGCACGUGACUCAUCGCCGCUCUACAUCGACCCGUACAGCAACAGUAGUUCCGGUUCGACUUCCUCAUCUGCUGAAAGCACUCAUCAACGUUGGACACAGAAAUUGUGUCAGCUACGACAAGUCUCACCGGCGGCAAACCUCAGCACAACCUACGAACAACCCGUUGCGGUGGAGGCGCGUGAACCCGAACUAGUCGCGUUGGCUAUCAAUGAAUCUGGUGCUAAUAACGAACGUGGAGAUUUUGAAAUCAUACGGCGCAGUUUACUCAAUCGUACAAAUUUGAAUGCAAUGAGCAGUGUGACGUCGUCGGCGACAGCAGUGGCUGGGAGCAAUUUCGGUGCUGGUAGUGCAGGCUCCUCGCCUGGAUCGGGUUCUGAAAAUUUUCUUUACUCACUGCAAUCAUUGGCGACGACAUGUCUGCGCAGUGGCAGUCCGUCGCUAGAGGCGCCUGCCCACAGUGGUAUGGGCAGUACAAGCGCUACGGGUACGCCAAGUAGCUAUCGCUUUUCAUCUCUUGCCUCACCGCCACCAACACAUACAAUGCAUAUUUACUAUGCCAACACACCGACUGCCACCACAACAGCUCAACGAUUUCUCGAACAACCUGGCUCGGGUAGUAGUUGUGGUAGUGGCGUACAAUCACCACGCCCACAUUGGUCUGCCACAAUGGACAACAGCCAUAGUGCUUUACAUGCAAAGGAGAGAUAUAUGCGUCAUGCGACGUCCGCGUCAAGCUUAGGCGGUCCAGCAGUUCGCAUGCCAAUACCAGGCACAGCUGUGAAUACAACCGCAACGGCGUCGGCGGCGUCAACAAACCACAAUAAUACAACGAAAUCGAAGGCGGCGGCGGCAGCGGCGAAGGUGACUGCGUCAACAACAGCGUCCAAGCAGCCACAGCACGGACCGCACUGUGAUCAAUUCCUCAGAAAGAUGGGUCUUGCGAAGAGUGAGGCCGCUGAAGCUGAGGAUCAUUUCUGUGAUAUGUCUUACGUAAAUAUAACUUGCUCCCGCUGGCGAGCGUACUGCCAUAGAAUUGAGGCGAUAAUAGGACGUGGCGAACCGGUUUGCAUAGAGGUUUACUUGGGACCGGUCAACCAUAAGAUACUACUCGAACAGUGGAUAAUAACCCAAAAGGAAAAAGUUCCACCGCCCAACAUGACUCUACCGUCACUAUGCAGUGCAAUACGCAGCCAAUUGUAUUUUUCCCAAAUCAGUGCCUGGUGUGAUCUGAUCAAGAAAUCCGAUAAGACUAUAUAUGAUACGGGUCGUGUUAUUUUCCACACACCCACAGGCGCAGCCGGUGAUCUGGCCACACCUGUGGGCAAUGUGGGUGGCGUCAGCAGCAAUGCUGGCAACAGCACCAGCAUCAAUACCACCACGCCAAGCUCAUCGCCGAGUUCGCAUGCGCUUAGUAGUCAACUCAACAAUGCGCUGUCUAUGAAUCGACGACCACGCCUUAAUAUAUUCUACCGCAUCAAAUCAUUUGAUUCCACUGCCUGCUUUAAUUCAAAACCGAAUGUACAUAAUUUUCCGAAUGUCAAUAUUUCGGAGAAUUGUAGCAUAUCGGUUUGUCUCAAAAGUCUUCCACGCAUCAACGGCGGCAUACCGAGAAUCGGCGUACCACAAAUGUUAAACACACCAGCUGCUACAAUGGCCACGGCAACUGUAACAACUACAACGACAACAAUAACAACAACAACAACAUCAACAACGCUGGGAAUGUCAUCAAAAGGAGGUGGAACAUCAAAUAAACCUAAAAUAACAAAAGCUGCCACAUCAUCAACAACAACAUCAACAUCAGCACCAACAACGACUGCACAAGAUAUGACCAGCUCAACAUGCCGCAGUUCGUCUAGUAUAGCUGACGCUACGCAUCAACGCUUGAACGCAUCAAAUGGAAGCUUCAGUGGCAAUAAUAGCGCAGCAAACACGUUACGCAAUGGCAGCAGCUAUAUGAAAUCGGAGGACACACCACGUACCAGUCGUACAAGCAGAUGUGCGAUUGCUAACCAAGCUGCAGCGCUUAACACCGCUGCGACUGCUGGCACUGCUUCGCUUGCGUCUACCAGUGACGUUGGCAAAUCACGUGUGUUCAUAGAUAACUCCACAAUAUCAGAUCAGAUGCCGCUCGCAACCUCUACCCGCACCAUAUUAUGUUCGACGAACAGCUCAGGCGCCACAAUCAACCGCACUGAAACGGCUUCAAAUGGCGAAAGUUGCGUAGGUACCCAAGAGUCUGCGGUGAAUAGUGGCUGCAAUCGCGUCAGUUGCGCGCCAAAGCACAAAUGUCGAUUUUUUAUUGCGGAGGACGAGCUACUCGCCGUCGACGAGGCAGAUGCAGAGGCUUUUGGCGAUGAGGAUGACAAUACCAGUGAUGCAGCUAAUACCACUGGUGAUAGCUUGACCAACGCCAAUGCGUUCGGCGCAUGUGCUAACAUGUCACACCGUGAGAAGCAGCUAAUGAAGUACCGCAAGCGUAUGUUGAAACGCGACAAGAAGCAUCAACACCACCAACGCAAGCCGAUAGCAACAGCCUCAGAUGCAACGUGCGAAUUAGGCGCAACACUGGAAAUACAGCGUAGGCAGCAAGAGCGGAAUGCGGCGAAUUCUUGUCAACCAAUGGACGAGGGCGAAGAACAGGAGGACGAAGAGUAUGAUGCGCGUCAUGGCAAUGAUACUAUCACUACGGUAGUGACCCGCACUAGCGCGCGUAUCGAAAUGAUCUCGACGGGCACACAAACACCUAUGAGCUGUUGUCGGCAAUGUGGUUGCGAAAAGACACUUGUCUGUAUGCGCUGCACCACCAGCAACGGUUUUGGUAGCUUGCGCCGAGAACAGGCCAUAGAUGAUCCCACCGAAGAGCAAGAUGUUGACGAUAUGGACGAGUCGGCCGCGUCGAGUAUUAGCAGGAGCGAUAUUAUACAUACGCCCCGCAACAAAGCCGAACUGCUCUUACAAGCCAUACAACGCACGCCCAAAGCGGCAGCAGCUAAGCAUAAGAAGCACGAGGCGUCACGCAAAACGUGUAGCGGUAAGUUACAAAAUAAUAAUCACUUGAUCGGUGGCGUUUCGUUGGGGAACAGCUCCACUGGUUUGACCGGAGGCAAGAGCAGCAGUAGCAGCAGCCUGCAUGAAAAUGCUGUGUCGUCGGGUUGUCAAGUUUGUAAGCGUCAAAAGACACAACACAAUUUUGGCGAGAGCAAGAGCGCAGCGACAAAUGCCGCAAAUAAUGAGCAAUUAGCUGGUGAGGCUGACAAUGACGAUAUUGGCGACGACACUGAUGAUGAUGGUGGGAAGAAGCUCGAGAGUAUUGAAUUCGAUGCGGAAGACGCCAAAGAAAUCGAAGAACUGCCAGCGACGCCAAUUUCAGCGCAAGUUAUGGAGGAGGAAUCAUUUCUAUCAUCCACUAAACUGACACCACAAAUUGAGCGCUGCACACUCUCCAACGCUGCCACCAAAUCCAUGCGCUGUCAACUUUUGUCGGUGAGCGAUCGUGUUGGCGGUGAUCAGAAAGCCGUCGACUAUGAUCGUAGUACGAACAACCGCACACCGCCCAUUAUUACCACACUGAUGGAGGAUGAAUGUUUCGAUGAAUCACAGUUUAAAACUCCUACAACAACCGCUGGCGGCGGCAUUAGUUAUGAAAAUGCACAGCAGCAGCAGCAGCAACAAACGCAAAAGCCAUCAUUCCACCAUAAACAGACACCAAAGCCAAAUCUGUUACAGUUGCAUUGCACGUAUCAUAGUGAAGUUAGGGGCGGCAAUAAUAAGCAGGCUGUAGGCGCUGCCGGUGAUGGAUUUAGUGUGUCAGAUGGCAAGUGUGAGUUGUCGACAAGCAACAAACCACACCAACCGUCCCAACAGGUUGGUGCACACAAUGCGUUACUGCUGCGUAAAGGCCUACCAAAAGUUAAUCUCACCCCGAUCUUCUGCAAUCCAAUGCCCCACUCAGCAAGCGGCGGCACAUUAGCGAACAGUCACUCAUCGCCAAUACCCAUACAAGGUGCCACAAAUGAUAAUACUUUUAGUUUUGAACCAGCAGCAGUAGAUCGCGGCGGCAGUCAAAUACAACUACACCAUCAACUAAUGCAUUCCAGUAGCGGUAAUGUAUGCGCUUCACCACUCACCACCGAGAUCAGUAAUAUACCUGUGCAAAAGUCAUUCUCAGCACCCACCUUACCCAAUUCACCUUCACUCUCACCACGUUUUGCCAAACAGGCGGCAAUCUAUAAGCGUCGCUCACGUCACCUCUCCGAUCGCUCUGAUCGUUCUUCUUUGGGUUCGGAUGAGCAAUUCUCCGAUGAAGAUUUAGAAAGUGGUGGCAUGUAUAGUCCUGCCACGUCGCCUUUGAAACAGUGUGCACGUGUUGCAGCAGCUUUUGGCCGUCAGCCGUUGCUAGGCAAUCUGGAGGAGUCUUUGUUGCAAAAGCGUUUAAUGCCAAAGGUGGAAGUGAUGGGUUUUAAAGUACUGUUGGGCGCAUCCGGUGGAUUUUGUCCCACUCAGUUGACCAUACCGGCGGCGUCAUAUUUCUAUGAGUUGCGUGGCGAAUCAUUGAGUACGCCGUAUGUGUGCGAUAUACGCCUCCCACGCAAAGGCUACUCCGUUCCUCGUGCUGGCACUGUACAAGCAACUCUGCUGAAUCCAAUGGGCACUGUAGUGCGUAUGUUUGUCAUACCGUAUGAUAUGCGCGAUAUGCCGCCACUACAUCAAACAUUCAUAAGACAACGCAUAUUGGCCGAAGCCAGUACGCACGAAGCGACGACGCAGAAUGUACAGACCACCAGUACUAACAGUACAACAAAUAUGCCGCAACAAAAUAGUAUCAGUAAUAAUACCAAUUCCUAUACAAAUGGCUUUGGCAAUGGUGGAGGUGGUGGCGAUGGUGCUGAUUGUAAUUUGAAUGUAAGCAAUAACAACAAUGAUACCAACAAGAUCAAUGUUGGUAAUCACAAUAAUAACAACAACAACAAUACCAAAAAUAAAUAUCGCCUAUCACCAAGUGGUGGUCUACAUGGUGAAAGUAAUCUUGGACACUUCAUAUCUGCUGAGAAUAUGAAACGCCUACGUUAUUCCAUACAUUUAAGAUUCCAAACGUCACGUUCGGGUCGCCUAUCAUUGCACACCGAUAUACGCCUGUUGAUCUCACGCCGCACCGAUUGUGAUACGGCAGCGGCACAUGCUAAGGGCGUUUUGGAAGCGCCCAAUGAUCUCGUCACCGACACCGUUAUGCCAACAAAUCCCAAAUAUAGUGCACGCCAAGACCAAAGCAGCAGUGGCAGUGGCAGUGGCUGUGGCAGUGGCAGCGGCAGCGGUACUGGUAGUGGGGGUAGUAGUAGUAGCACAAAUCUUAUCGUCACUGCAACAAAUAGUACAACUACCAACAACAAUAACAGUAGCAGCAGCAAUAAGAUUUAGUAGUUGGUGCGAGCAGUGCGCACACAAACGCAUCAUUAUUUUUUAUUAUUUUGGAAAGAAUUGCGUUUACGUUUGCAACACUGGCACUGCAGUUAUAAUUAAUGGAAGAGCCGGGGGGGGGGGGGGGGUUUGAAGAGAAGGGGAGGAAGGAAGAGAGAAAGAAGAGGGAGCCAAGCAGCAUGAUGGUGAUGGUGUAUAGCAGAGAGCAACCAAAAUAAAAUAAAAUUAAAUUAAAAUAAAAUACAGCAAUAAACACUAUAUACAUCCGAGCAGUUUACAAAGCAUUGGCAUGUCGGUUUUCAAAAAGCAAGCUGCGAAUGAAGUUCGAAGAAGUCAACACAAGUCAGUCUAAAUCAACUCUCCAGCUGCACAACAUACAUAAUUUAAGUAAUUAGAGAUCACAAACACAACAAUAAGAACAACAACAACAACAACUUACAUGAUCCAUAUCCCUCCCACAAAAUCUGCAGCCAUAAAAAUAUACUAAAAAAUAUUUAUGUGAUUUCAAAAUGAAACUACGCUCCAACACUUUCUCGAUUUCUGUAAUACAUUUUCCCCGAUAUACUCCUGUUCAUCUUCAUACUAACAUUUACACACAUACACACACACACACACACACUUACACAAACGAAUCUUUUAAGUCAUCCAGCGAUAUGUAUGUAUUGCUGUGCUGUGUCGUUUAAUAUUUUCUUUUAUUUAAUAAAUUUUCGCACACGCAUACAUAAACAUACGCAUCAACUGCGCAUAUACAAUUCAUACACAUACAUAUGCUCAUUUAACUAAAUACCUUAUGUACAACUCGAUGUAGAAAAACAACAAAAAAACCUUUUUUAAUUUUAUUUAUUUUAUAAAUAUUACUUAAAUAUAUACAU